UAAACAGGCAAUACUGCCACCUGCUGUCCGUGCAUAUGUGACACCCGUUACUAAAAAUAUGGGACAAUGUGACUGCUCAAUACAAAAAAGGUCUCUUUAGUCUCUAAAUACGUGACAAUUGCGUUUUCAAGAGACGGUCGGGAACUUAACAGGUCACAUGGUAUCCAUUCAUCUUCCUGUGCUGACGCCAUUUUGUGGUCGGCUGUCAGUCUCCUCCCUCGCAGUGUAGCGCAUAAUAGGCAAACAACAGGUAGUUGGAGAUAAGACAAGAUGGCCGACCUGAGGGAGGUCAGACGGAAAAGUCCGGAACAAAAAGAGAGAAAAGGCCGCCGCCAUCCAUCAAAGGCACAGGCUAAUGGAGGUCAACUUUCUUCUUCUUCCUCCUCCUCCUACCAUGACCUCACACACUCGGGACUUAUGUCAAACAUCAGCAGGCUUCGAAACAUUUCAAGCGGAGUGUUAGGGCCGCUGCUGGGAACUUCUGUCUUCGUGAAGAGGUCCUGUACUAUGGGAACAGAAGGGUCAUUUGGACAGAGGAGGAGAAAGUGGCUGUGUUAACCAAAGCCCAUGCAUGCAGGCCAUUUUGGACCACGGAGGAUGCAAGCGAAGAUUGCUCCCCGGUUUUAUUGGCGGUCCAUCACAAAGGACACAUUGGAUUGGGUGCGCACAUGUCCUGACUGCCAGCGCUUUGAAAAAUUAAAGACCGAGGCACCUGAGCUGAAGCCCAUCAAGGUCGUAUCACCUUGCUACAUGGUUGGUGCGGACCUCUUUGGACCUGUGAAAAAGUCAUCUAAGGGGAACAGAUAUUGUCUCACUUUGACCGAUUAUUUCACCAAGUGGGUUGAAGCAAGAACAUUCCCAAAAAAGACAGCAGCCAAUGUGAAGGAGGCCUUGAGGGACAUUUUCUUUACUCAUGGUUUGCCUGAAGUUAUCCUCACUGACCAGGGCACUGAAUUCAAGAAAGAGAGUUACGGAGGUUCUUCCAAACAAUAUGGUUAGGCUGGAGACCCUGGAUGGAAAGCCCAAGCAUAUGAUGACCCCGUAUGCAUCACUGAAACCUCUGCGCUCGAGGACUCACCCUGGCUGGCCAAAGGAUUCCCCUUCAGCCCCUGUGCUUCCAGGAGAUGCUGAAAUGCUGACUUCAUCAUCGGAGGAGGAAACUGAGUGUCAUUGUUUCACGGACCAUACAUAUGCUGGCCCCACAUCACCCUGGAAAAAGGAGCUGCACCCCGACCAGAAACAACUGGUGAGCAGGUUUCAACUCGAGUAUGUUUUGGCCUGCGAUCGUCCAGCUAUGGAACUGAUCGUUAAAGAGGGAGGGGUGUGUUUAACCCGAGAAGAGUUUUGGUCUCUCGGGUUGUCCAAAGACAUGGACUCCACGAGGGAUGCACAUCUAAAGGAUGCACUCCUCUUCCCAGCGUGGAGCAAGCACAACAUUACCCUCUCUGUGAGCAUUGCACAGCACAUCGUCCCGGGAAGCUGGAGUGAGCUCACUGGAAAAGACAUGCAGGAGAUCCCACGCCAGACAUUGGGGAAUGACUGUGGUGUUUUCAUGCUCAUGUACUCCCUCUGGCUCUGUACGGACACUACUUUUCACUACAGUGUGCUGGACAUGCAGUCAAUCCGGCAUUGGUGGUGUGUCCUUCUAAUGGAGCGCUUUGGCAUUGAAGGCUCGUGCAAUGUUUGGAACAAAACAUUUAGAGGGUCCUCUUAA